AUGGGCGAAUUGGGUGGUAGCAAAAGUUGCAGUGUCGAAGUGGACGGAAACAUUGAGGUUUGGCGCGAUCAAGAAGGGAAGGAGAAGGGUGAUGAUGCACGUGAGGAAAAUGGGAAUGAAAGUCAGGACGUACACGUUGAUGAUGCUGCAACUACCUUGCGAAAAGCACGCAAGGAUUCACACGCCGAGGAGGAGGAGGAGAGCGAUUCAGGUCAAGACUCUUUGUUUGGCGCUUCAGGUCAAGACUCUUUGUUCGACAGCGAUGAGGAGCUACAACAUCUUGGAGGCGGUGGGACAGGACAAGCAAGCGAAUGUCGACAAGCUGUAGACAUUGAGCCUGACCCAUCAGACAUAGCUCAGCGACGGGUGUAUGCGCAUCAAGUACCAGGUCUACACCUUUUGCACGACAUUCUCACAUCUCAUCAAGCUUCCUCUCUGCUGCAAGACAUUGCCGAGCAAGAUUACUUCUCUCCCAACCAAGCAGAUCGAGCGGGCAGAAAUCAAGUGAUGCUCUUCGGCAGAGGAGGUGCAGAAUUUCUUUCGGGUCCAGACGAGGCGCCGCAGCAGCAGCAAGGAUCCUCAACGAGCGCACAUCUGGACGCGGAAGAUGUGCAGAGGGAACGGCAAACAUGCUCGGGAAUACCUCGUUGGGCUCAAAGUCUUUUGAAGGUGUUGCAGGAAAAAUGCGAGCAUGCACUACCGAAGGAGACUUGUGCGGUGCUGUUCGAUCCGGUCAAAUGCGGCGAGACGUUUGACUCGGAUGGGACUAGCAAAGGUGUGCGGGAGGGUCAAGACACCCACCACUGCCAGGCGGUGUCUGACGGGCCGGUGAUUGUUGAGAAAGUGGGCGCUGCUCUUGAAACACGUGGACAGAAACGCAAUGCAGAGCAACACACGCCUGCUGAUGAAGAAAAGAUGCUCGACACAACCGACGAGCUCGAGUUCGGGUCCUUGCACCGCCACCACAGAAAGUUCAAGUCUAGCGCACUCGACCAUACCUCUACCCUCGUCGCAUCCAACAAGGACGCCUCGUCCGACAGUCUUGGACCAUCUGCCCCUCUCUCGCCAAGCAGACCUUCAAAUCAAGCAUCAACAUUAACAAUGUCGUGCAAAUCUGCCUAUCGUCGAGCGCGUCAGCUCAUCCUAAACCUGUACGAACCUGGCGCGGGUAUCGCAUCGCACAUUGAUCUAGCUCAUCGUUUCGACGAUGGCAUCUUUUGUCUAAGUCUAGGCAGCGGCGUAGUCAUGACUUUUGCCCGCAGCGAUCUUCAGCCUGUCCAGACGGCCACAGGGACGCGGGAGCGCAAGAACAAGAGCAAGAGCAGACCCGAUUUCAAAUCAAGAAUCAUGCACGAGUCGAAAGCCGAGUCGAAGGCGAAAUCGGAAUCGGAAUCGGAAUCGGAAUCGGAAUCGGAUAGACUGAGCAUCUGGUUACCUCCUAGAAGUCUGCUCAUACUCACAGGCAAAGCAAGGUGGCAAUACUUGCACGGCAUCGAAGCACGUCCGGGAGAUUGGGUGUCUGAUCAAGGUGCGCAUUCGCACGGGAUGGCAGCAACGUCCGAUCCGAAUUUCGACGGCAACGCCUGUGCGGAGCCGCUGCGGCAAGGAGCAGAGGAGCGACGCGUUCGGAUCAAGCACAGCGACCAACGCUUUUCGGACCGUCAGCGCUCUUGCUCGUACAUACCUAG